UUCAUUUCACGCCGCUCUUCGAGAGAGAGAGAGAGAGAAAUAUCAAAGAAAGAAAACAGUAAGAAAAAUCUUUGCCGACAAAACUUUUUUCACUAAAUCGCGACUAACUUACACCAAUGAAAGCUUAAAUUGCUAUCACGUGACAAGAGAUUAGUGUAAAUAUUCAAUUUCCAUUUGACAACUUUUUUCUAUACCAUUUAACUGUUACUACGUGAGAAGUGUGUAUACCCACCUUGCGACUCUUAUCAAUAAGUUAACUGCAAUACACACACAAACACACACGCGAUGGGCCUAAAGUUAUUCUUUCUGCUUCUAUCGCUUACUGGAACGAUCACUUUGUCAAAGACGCAGAUUCCAAAAAGUGAACGACAAAAAGUAAACAAAUUGACAUCACUGAAAGACUUGCAGGAGUUUUUACAUGUAAACGAUGGUGAUUUCCAAUAUGCCAGUACAAGUGAAAUUGUCAAUGCUGAUUAUUGCUCACCCCGGUUGACUACAAUAGAGAUUCCUCAACCAACAGAAUACAACAAGUAUUAUUGGCCAAAAUGUACCCGAGUAAAAAGAUGCGGAGGUUGUGCUGAACACGAGUCACUUGCCUGUGUUCCCACUACUAAAGGAAAAGUUUUUAAAAAAGUACAAGUUGUGCGGUUAAAUUACGACUAUUAUGGAGCUCCAAGCCUGACUUUGGACAGAGUAGUUGGUAUUGAUCUUGAAACACAUACAGAUUGUGAACAAGUUUGCAAAGUGACAGAAGAUGAUUGUGAUGACAAAAUACAUAUUUACAGUUCUGCAGAUUGCUCCUGUCGUUGCAAACCAUCUUUAAAUACCAGAUGUACACAUCCAAAGACCUGGAACAAGAAGACUUGUCGCUGCACAUGUCCAAAAUUAAAAGCUUGUGGACAUGGUCUCUAUUUUAAUAAAAUUCUUUGCACAUGCCAACAUUACCGAGGCUAUGAUGGAACUAACUUUGCAUCUGCUAAUGCCAGUUUUGUGAAGCAAAGCGAAAUUUCAAAAUCAGGAAGCAACCAGCUUGAUUCUAACAGGAUAAACAGUGAUGGUAAACCUCAGACCGAUCUUGCUAAAACUGAUGCUGCUAUUACCAAUAACCAGUCUACCGAUGAUCUUGAUAAAGGAAGUUCCCUGAUGGAGAUCCUAUCAACUGAAGGUCUUAGAACAACGACGAUGCCAACAACAAUAGAGACAACUACCGAAAAGAAAACAACCCUGAAGAUUACGAAACCUUCAAAAGCGGCUAAUAUUUGUGCUUCAAAGAAAUGUCCUCCCAGGUGGAUGCCUGUUUUGCAAAGGAAUGGUCUCUGUGGCUGUAAACCUAAUUUUGGUUAAAGACAAUUGAGCUAUAUCGAUGUGAGAAUUUAUUAUAUAAGUAGACACCAAACAUCAUACAUUUAUAUAUAUGUAUGUAUGUAUGUAUGUAUAUAUACAUAUAUAUAUAUAUUUGUAUAUCUAUGUUUGAAGGAGGGCAAAGUAUUUACUCAUUAUAGAGAAGAGUAAUAUUUCAUCUCUAACUGUUAUAGAGUAUUUUCUCUUCCCUUUUAGAAUAGGAAGAGAUACACAAAUAUAUUUUUUUUAACCUUUGUUAGAAAGGAAUCAGUUAUAUUUCUCCAUCUUAAAUAAUAAUUAUAAUAUUUUAUUCCAAAACUGAAAGGGAGGAACAAUCUAUUGUACAUAUAUACACACAUUAUAUAUAUAUAUAUAUAUAUACAUAUAUAUAUAUAUAGAGUACAGUUUUUACUUUUUUUUUAUAUUCCCCCAACACGCAAGUCUUCAACAAUGAUGUCCAUCGCCCCCCCAAACACACACCAAUCUACAGAAUAAAUCCGUAUGUUCUACAAUUGAUGGUUUAGAGAAUUACUCCUUUUUUUUUUUUUUUUUUUUUUACAUGAGAACAAUAAAUUAUAUAGUUUUGUGGGUUUUAUUAUUUCUUAAUAUUUUAUUAUAUUUACUUAAAAAAAAAAAGAUAUCUCCAGACUCCCACCAUCAAUGCUAAAAUAAAUAUAAAAUGAAAUACAGGAAUCAAGCAUCAUUUACAAGGAAUAUGAUGCUGGCUGAUCAACUUAACCCUUUUGAUACCAUCCUGUCUGAGACCAUUCCUGCUUCUAUGAUACAAACUUUCUGAAUGAAAGUGAUCUAAUUUAAAACCUUCCAUCAAAAUUUCAUGUUAAUUUUUGUUCUAAAAACAAAGUCAAUAAUGACAAAUUUAUUUUAUUAAAUACUUCAUAAUUUUCAAAAUUAAUUGAAGCAAAGGCACCAUAUUUCAACAGAAAUAUGGUAACAAAAGGGUUAAGCUGCCAUAAUUUCAGUUACCGUUUUGAAAAUAUGAUUGAAAGAUUUAUAUAAAAUUGCCAUACUGCUUUGGUUGUCUUAUUUUCAUUUCUUUUUUCCCUUGAAUCCUGAAGAAUAUUUGUAAAUUCUCACUAAAGCCUUGUUGCUUCACACAAACUCACAAAUUUCCUAUUACACCUUCUCUGUCCUAUUUUUGGUUAGUUCAGCCAAAACAUGAUUUUGUCAUGAAAAGUGUUUGUUAUUUUCUGCCAAAGGAAUAGAAGAACAGAUCGUUAUUAAGGUGGCAAGCUGACAGAAUCAUUACUGCUCUGGACAAAAUGCUUGGUUGCAUUUCUUUCAGCUUUAUAUUCUGAGUUCAAAUCCUGCCAAAGUUGACUUUGUCUUUCAUCUUUCUGGAGCCAAUAAAUUAAGUACCAGUUAAGCACUAGAGUUGUAAUUGACUCGUUUUCAAUUUCAUGCCUUGUGCCUUUACUAGAAAGAAUUAUUAAGUGGGAAGCUGGCAGAAUUGUUAGCAUGUCAGAAAAAAUGCUUAGCAACAUUUCUCCUCAUUCUUUACAUUCUGAGUUCAAAUCCUGCUAGGGUCAACUUUGCCUGUCAUCUAAAUGAGGUUGAUAAAAUAAGUACUAGGACUGAUAUAACUGACUUGCCCACUGCUUUGAAAAUUGUUCACCUUGCGCCAAAAGUAGAAAGGCAAUAAUUUAGCAGAAUUGUUUAGUGUCCGCAGGAGACAAAAUGCUUUGUGGAAUUUAUUCCAGCUCUUUGCAUUUUGAGUUCCAAUUCCACUGAGUCUGACCUUACUUUUUUUUUCAUCCUUUCAAGUUCAAUAAAAUUAAGUACCAGUUGAGCACUGGGGGGUUGAGAUAAUCAGCAAACCUCUUAAAAUUGCUGUUUUUGUGCCAAAAUUUGAAAGUUAUUAUUACAGGUGGUGAAUUGACAAACUCCAUGUGAAACCAAAUGACUUGUAGCAGUUGUUCCAGUUUUCCACAUUCUGAGUAAAAGAGAUGAGCAAAUGAAUUUACUGUAUAAUCUGUUCGUAAAUCAAAAUGUGUGUGUGUGCGUAUCCAGAUUGCCUGUAUCAUGGUGUUUUUUUACCUGAUCGAAACACUCUUUAUCAAUUUCUUCUUUUUUUAAUUUCCUCACUAAUUUGUAUUACUAAGAUACAGAAUUUGUCUGAAAGUAAAAAAAUCUUAGAACAUGAAAUACUUAAAAAAUCAUUUCUAAUAGCUACUUGUUUAAUUCCCGCUUAAUUUAACUGAGAUAAAGAAACAUUCUAAGGCUUGAUUGCCAGUUAAAUAUGUAAGGAGGAAUAUUGAGCUUGUGCCUCGAUAGAUAGAUAGAUAGAUAGAUAGAUAGAUA